AUGACAAAACCAAUAUUUAAAAGUAAAACCAAACCAUUAGGGUGGUCUAAAAUAUCAAGUAAGGAAGUUAUUAAUGAAGAUGAAGAAGAAGAGGAAGGAGGAGAAGAAGGAGGAGAAGAAGAAGAAAUAGAUAAUAAUAAAAACAGUAAUAAUAGUAGUAGUAAUAGUAAUAAUAAUAAUAAUGAUAACAAUAAUAACAAUGGUGAAGAAAGGAAGGUAGAAAAAGAAGAAGAGAAAGAAGAAAUUAAUCAUUAUAGAAAUCAAUUUGAAAAAGAUUUAUUAGAUAUGGAAUUAAAAGCAUUAAAUAGAGAAACAAUUGAUAAUAUUUUAAGUGGUUUAAAUUCCUAUGAAAUUUUUAAAGAAGUUAAUUUCGAUUUUGAAAAGUUAUAUUCAAUAAUUAUUAGUGAACCUCCACCAUUAUUUGAUACUUUCUUUGAUUCAGUAUCUUCAUUUGAAAUCUUCUUUACAGAUUGUUUAAUUCUAUUAUGUAGUAAUUUCCCAGACGGUAUUGAUACAUCAAUUACACGUCCAAAUUUUAAUGAUUUUUAUAAUCAUUUUAAAGAUAGAGGAGUUAUAAAUAAAUAUAUUUCAAGAGAAAAUAUUCACAAAGCAUUAAAUGAUAAGUUAAUGACAGAUUAUUUUAAUUCAGGUAUAUAUUUAGGAUUGUUGGAUACUUUAGAUAUAGCAGCCAUUAGAUUUAUAACGAUAUUUGGAAAGUUUUUAUCAUAUGAGGUUGUAGAGACAAUCAGUAAUUCAUUAUUUAGAUAUAGAACAGACAAAAUUGAAUUUCUAUCAGAUAUUAUUAGAGAAUUAUUAUUAUGUAAUGAAAAAUAUAGAACAUUAUCAAAAAGUUACGAUUUAGUUCAAAAGAGAUUACAAAAAGAAGAAUUUACAUUUAUUAAAGUGUUUGAAGAUGAUGAUCCAAAAUUAUUCUCAGCAUUAUAUCAACCCCCUGAUAUAAUCAAGUUAAUUACAGAACCAGAAAAAGAUUCAGGGUUUUGGUGUAUGAUUGGAAUAUUUAAAUCAAAGAGGAUUUUAGAUUAUCUUAUAAGAACUGAACCAAGUAAGAGUUGGUUCAAAGGUAAAGAAUCUGAUUACUUUUUUUCAAUAGCGGAAAUGGGUGGAAAAUAUUUCAAUUGGACAUUAUUGGAACCAAAAUUAAUUAAAAAGGAAGUUAAUCAGAAAUCAUUAAAAGGUGUAAUACCACCAAGGGAAUUGAAUAGUCAACAACGUAAUACUCAAUUCUUUCGAGUUUUCAAUGGAGUUACAGGGUUCAAUGAUAUACGGUUUGUUUAUGCCAAUCCAUCAUUAGCUCAACAUGCAAUAAAAUUUAUUCAAAAGGUGACUGAAUGUGGUCUAUUUUUAAAUACUGAUGUAAGAAAUGUUAGAGAUUCCAUACCAAAUUCCAAUAGUUUUCUAUUUAGAAAAUUCUUAGAGGUUAAUUUUUUCUAUAGAUACGAAAAAGACAAUGAGGUAUAUCAACAUCAACCAACUGAAGAAAACUCACUCUUAUACUCAACAUCAAUCAUUUCAAGAAUUGUGGAAAUGGAAGUAACUGAUCUUUUAUCAGUGGUUCUUAAAAAUUUAACUCAACAAGGUUGUUCAUUAGCACGUGAAGCCGUUGAUGAGAGAUCUUUGUUAAGUACAAUUCAUUCGGAUAAAUACUAUAAUAGUUCAAUUGUGGUAUUACAUAAUUAUUGGCCAAUUCCACCAAAGUUUUGUGAUUGUUCAACAUCAUUUAUUUCAAUGGCCAAUGGUAAAUUGCCUAGAACCUAUUCUGGUAGCGAUGGUGUUAUACCUUAUAUAUUUUUCGCUAGAAAUCAUUUAACACUUGGAUUCUUACUAUCAAUUCAUAAUAAUAUCACCGAUACCAUUGAUAUUAAUCAUUGGAUUUCCGUUGCGAUAUCUGGUGGACUUUAUUAUGACAAAGAGGAAAUCUUUAGGAAAUAUCCAUUACUUCAAAAAGAAUCUACACUUCAAAAAUAUCCAAGACCAGUUAAUAUUUUAGAAUUUCAAACUUUAUUAGAAAAUAAUGAGUGUAUCGAAUAUAUCGCCAGAACUUUCAUUAAAGAAAUUCCACCUCAUGAAGUACCAACUGUUAAACAUUCAGAUUUACUCAUACUCUUUGAAAUUUCAGUUAUGAAAAAAAGAUCAAUUAGAUCAAAAGAAUCACUUCAAGCUGAAUUAGAUUUAAUUGAAGAAGAAAAAAGAGAAAAGAAAAAACAAAAAGAUAAAAAGAAAAAUAAAUCAAAUCAAAAUCAAAAAAAUAAUAAUAAUCAAAAUAAUCAAAGUAAUAAUAAUAAAAUAAAUUCACCAUCAUCAAAUAAACUCACUCAAAAUGUUACUCCACCAUCUUCACCUGUAAAUAUAAUAACUUCAUCAUCAACUACAUCAUCAAGUACAUCAUCAACAACAUCAUCAACAACAUCAUCAACUAUAGAACCAAAACCGCCAACACAAACAUUACCAAUAAAAACAUCAUCACCAACCAAACCAGAAUCACAAAAACCAUCAACUCCUGAUCCAUUAAUCCCCAAAUCUUCAAAAUCAACUACAAAAAAUAAUAAUAAUAAUAAUAAUAAUAAUAAUAAUAAUAAUAAUAAUAAUAAUAAUAAUAAUAAUAAUAAUAAUAAUAAAGAAAAUAGAGAAAUGGCUUUAGAGGUUAUAAAUGAAAUGGAAAAAAUUGAAAUUGAGGAAUCAUUAUUAUCAACAUCUUCUUUGGUACAACCACAACAACAAUCACAACAAUCACAACAACAACAAGAACAACAACAACAACAACAACAACAACAACAACAACAACAACAACAACAACAACAACAACAACAACAACAACAACAACAACAACAACAACAAGAAAAACAACAAGAACAACAAGAACAACAAGAAUCUAUUCAAUUAAAUCAAACCCUAACACCAAUAAUACCAGAUUUUCAAAUUGGUAAAUUUAAAUUUAGUAGAGACGAAAAUAAUAUAAUAGGGAGAGGAUCAAAUGGUACAUUAGUAUUUAGAGGAAUUUGGAAUGACAGAAUACCAGUCGCUGUUAAACAAAUGCAAAAAGCUUUCAAUCCUCAUAUUAGUAAAGAGAUUGAAGUAUUAAUUCGUUUAACGAGUAAUAAUUGUUCAAAUAUGAUUAGAUAUAUAGAUCAAGAAGAGGAUCAAUUAUUUGUUUAUUUAGGUUUAACUUUAUGUGAAGAGUCAUUACAAGAUUUAAUGGAAUCUAAAAGGUAUAAAGAAUUUAUAGAGAAAACCACCACUACCAAUAUUACAACGACUUUUAAUAAUAAUAUUAUUGAUGAAAAUUUAUAUGAACAAAGAAUAUUAAGUCUUUUUAAAGAUGUUAUUAAUGGAAUUAACUUUUUACAUUGCCAAGAUAUUGUACAUAAUGAUUUAAAUCCAAGAAAUAUUUUAGUACAUAAGGGUAACUUUGUUAUAUCAGAUUUAGGACUUAGUAAAAUGCAAGUUGAAACAUCAUAUUCAUUUACAAAUAAUGCACCAACUGGUCAAGAAGGUUAUCAUCCAAUUGAAGUACUUCAAGAGAAACGUAAAACUAAAUCAGUGGAUAUAUUUUCAUUGGGUUGUAUUUUAUUUUAUCUUUUAACCAAUGGUCAACAUCCAUUUGGUAAUAAUAAAUUAUUAAGAGUUGCAAAUAUUGUCUAUGAUAAACCAGAUUUAGAGCCAUUGAAAUUUAAUGCACCUGCCUUGGAUUUAGUUAGAUUAAUGAUUUCCCAAGAUGAAAAGAAAAGACCAACCAUUGAUACCAUACUUAAUCAUCCAUUGUUUUGGUCAACUAAUGAAAAAAUCAAAUUUUAUGAAUCUUCUUUAAACCUUUUAAAAGAUCCAAAUAAUUCUCAAUCAAAACAUAGUAAACUAUUGAAUUAUUAUCAAAAUGAUAAUAGUGGUGGUGUAUUAUUUUUAUCAAAACCUUGGAAUCAAAUUAUUGAUCCAUUUUUAAUUGAUCAUGUUGAAAAUAAUAAUAAUAAUAACAAUAACAAUAACAAUAAUAAACAAAACUCUAAAAAGUUAGCAAUAGUUGCAUAUCAAUACGAUCAAGUUAGAGAUUUAGUUCGUUGUAUUAGAAAUUCCUUGGUUCACCAUAAGGAUAUAUUAAGAUCAAUCACUCAACAACAAAACUUACCCCCAUCCUCAAAGGAAUUUGCCAAUGAUUGUCUAAAAAGUCAAGAAUCUGUACUAUUAUAUUUCGAAUGUAAAUUCCCUGACCUAUUAUUUCAUUUAUAUCAACAAUUUAAAAAAUCAGAUUUCAAUUCUAAAGAUUAUUUAAAUAUAAAGUUUUAG